ACAUAUGUUGCUCUACUGCACGUGUUGAUAGUUUGCAACGCAUAUUAUUUUAAAUUGCUAUUUAACUAAACAAAAUGGGCCGCAAUAAUCGCUCGCGCAAGCGCCGCGAUGAGAUGAACAAGAUAAAGAAGGCACGCUACGAUGCCAAGGAGCUGAUACGUCUGAAGAAAACGCUUGGACUGCUGGACGCCGAUGGCAAAGAGAUUGCAAUGGAAGUUGCCGAAGUAGCAGAGAUUAAGACAGCCAAGGAACUUAAGAGAGCGGCCAAAUCCAAAGAAGAACAAGAAUUGCGCUUUGAACACCAAGAGAGUCUGGAGAAGGGCAGCCAAGUGGUGCAGGUCAACGAGAAAUCAGGCGUAGAGCAUGUGUUCAACAGCAAAACGCUUAAAGAUCAGUUUGGCAACUACCCAGCCUGGUUUAAGAAGAAGAAGACUGCCAAGCGCCUACGCAAGAAGCAACAUUCGCAGAAGAAGAACUUCAAACAAGCUUGGACUACGGUCAAUGUGCCGUUGUAAAAAGCACCUCUAGCUGUUAAGUUUAU